GCAGCUAUUAAACCCACUGUGUAGUUCAAUGCAGGCUAGUCGUGUGUUAAAACAUUUCCCUUAGACCAAACAUUGAGGCCCUGUCUCACCACACUGAUGACAAACACUCAGUCAGACCAAGAUAUGAUUAUUUCCCACAGACAAAACGGUAUUUCCUCAUCAGCCACAGUCGCUAAGCAUUCACACUGAGCUGCCACUUUCCUCCGGAGAUCUGAAUUACAUGCGCAGUUCUGCCGUGAAUCUCACAUCACCACGGCAACCGGCGUUCACACCGAGGCUCCGUCAGCGUCAGUGAACUCUUGUACCGAUCACAGAGAACGGGAGCAGAGCAUCGAAACCACUGUAAGUUUAUGUUAUUGUUGAUACAUCCAUAUUUGUGACUGCCUAGUUGAUUAUUUGAGUGUUACAGUGAUGCGUUUGCGGUUAAUAGGAGCCUGUACCGCGGCGGAACAUCCCGGUACGGAGCGAGAUCUUUUCAUCGGACGUGAUUUACGUUCAGUGAUUGGUUCAGGUGAUUCAUUAAUGUGGGGAAUGAAUGAAGAAUCACUUCUUUUUUCUGGUCUCAUACUUGUUAAUUAUGUGUCGAUGAGAUGCUGAAUUUUGUUGUAAUUAAAGCUAGGAUACCACCAUGAAAGAAAUGUAGCCUUAACAAGUAUGCGUUAGUUUACUACAUUUGGACGUUGCUUUAAAUCCGCCAUUUACAGACAAAUCUUAUUCCAAGAAGAUGUUUAUUGUGGAAAAUGGAGUCCGUAGUAGGCCUAUGAAUAUAUAAACUGUUUCUCAGUCCUUUUUCUGAUAAAUGUGCAGAGUGAUUCCUGGUUACACAGCCUGUCUAAAUUGUCGCAGUAGUCUUCAAUGCACCAAGUUCAUAUGCAUGAUCAGUGAAGCCUGAAGAACUUGAAAGGCUCGGCUAUCAACAGCUCUCUCUUUUUCGCAACACAGCAUCUCUUCACCACCAGAAAGCUGCUUCUACCCUCUUCUGUUAGUUAGCGGGGAUAUGUACAAAUGCGAUGAUGUAUUUACCAGAUACUCUUGCCAUCUUCAGUAUUUUACUUCAAAAAUAAAGAGUACAUAAAGAUGCUAUCGCAGCUCUCAUUUGCUGGAUGUUUCCUGUCAGAGUGUGGGAGCACCGAGUGUGCGACAGCAACAGCCGGCCCAUUUGUUCAUCACAGAUUUAGGAUGAUUAAUUGUACCCACACUUCACUCACACUGUGGGGACGAAAAAUGGCGAUCAGAGCUGGUGACCGCUUUAGCCACCCACUCACUGAAGACAUUAGUAAACUGCGCACUGUAUUGACACUCAUUUGAGAGGCAAAGUACCUGAACAUAUUCUGCAUCAAUACAUCUAAAUAUCUUAAACACUUUCUGGGUGAUAUUUUGCACUUCAUUCCCUAUUGAUCAACCUGUUGGCCUGCUUUAAAUCUUAGUCUAAAAUGUCAAAAAUCCAGGUUCAGAGUGUUUGAGUUUAAAGACAGUUGUUGCAGCAUUUUUCAGCCAAAAGACAGAUCUAAAAUUCAGACCAAAAAAUGCCAUAAAUGCUCUUCACUUUGUAGACUAUGUCUUUCUUCAGGGGAUGACAGGUGGAUAUAAUGGCCAUAGUUAACGUUCCUGUAUCUUUUCUCUGAGACACAUUUCCUGUACAUCAGGGAUUACACUUUGCAGUCCUUGGUCUCCUGCUGCGUGUAUCAUCAUUGUGAGUCAGUGGCAUCAGUGGGGCCUGUGGGGUCCUUGGCUGACUAAAGGUGUUGUGUUGCACUGUGUGAAUGAGAUGAGUGGACCCUCAUUUCUUUCCUCCACCAACAACAGUUGAAUCGAAAACAAAAAACAGAAAAAUCAAAUCAGAGUGGCACCAUGUUUGUGUUGCACUGCAUCAACAUCAUGUUAAUAGCAUGAAAGACAAGAGGUAAGUAGAGGGGAUAGUACAAUAUUAAUCAUACUAAUAAAUAGAAAUAACUAUUUUUACUCCAGACUGCCAGAUAGGGUAAAAAGAAGCCUUUCUAGUGAGGAUAAAUAAUUAUACCCUGAGUCAUUUUGAUAUUCUACCUCUGAACCACGCAGUAUCAAUUUCAGCUACCACAACUCUUUCAAGUUAUCAUUUUAAAAGUUAUAAGCAGAUUUUGAAUAAAACAUUAACUUGCUUUUUUACUAGCGUCUUACUGAGAAAAGGUUUGAACUAUCAAUGACAUUAUAUGCAGUAAGACACUGAAUACAGCUGUUAAACUUUGAUUAGUAUUAGUAUCUCUCAGCGCACUUUGUAGAAACACAGAAAUAGACUGUAGCUCUUCCCAAGUGUAACAAAGUUAACCUCCUGGUAUAUCCAAAGCACACUAAAUUCCAGGUUAUGUCUUGUUUAUUGAAGCCUCACAAUAACUGGGUGUUAUCAAACCAAAUGUUGCUGUUUAACAGCUCUUGAUUAUGCUUUAUACAAUGUAGAGGCAAUUUCCAGGUCACUUUUUUAGCCUUGAAAAUGCAUAUUCAGCAUAUCAUCUUCUUUUAAAGAGAAUACUGUUGAUCAUGCAUCUAAGUUUGUAAGGCUAUGGACAUAGGCAGCAUUUCUAAGUUUCUUAAACACUGAGUGAAUCAUUUGAUCCAUCAAAACUACAGCACAGCUGUUAGCAUGGCUGCACAAGGUGUAUGAGCCUUUAAGUCCUUGAGCUAAUUUCUGAAUGAAAACAUACAAACACACUCACUUUGACUAUAUGUUAGUUGGUAUAGUACUGUGUAUGUUUUUAAGCGUAUUACUUUUGUUGUUUAACAUGCUAACAUAUUUUUUAAUUUCCGCAGACUUUAUUUGCACUGAUUGGAGUGUUAUUGGUUUUGAUGAUACUUGGCUAAUGACCAAAAAGGAAUAAAAGCUUCAUUUGCUGAAGUUAACCAAAUGAUCACCAAAGUUAUUACAAUUCAACUUGAGGCGACAAUUAUCUUUAAACCUGAUUUCAUGACAACAUUUCUGAUGUUUUUAUUUUUUAUUUUUACAUCACACAAAUAUGAAAACUCCUGCUGUUGUCAGAAGAAAAAUCAUGAAAAAUUAUAUAACAUCCUCUGGGUACCAGAGUGUCUCAACAAUUUUUCUAAUGAUAAAGCAUUUGUAUUAUUUUAAUGUGGAUUCGAGGAGUAGACCAUAAAUAACAUAAAGCAUCUCCAACAAAUUAUUUGCUGUGCCAGAGACACUUUUUCUGUUCAUAGCACUCCUGCGGUGUAUGUCCUUAUCACACCGUCACCUACCUCUUAAUUUUCCGUGUCCUAUCAAAAUCCUUGAUUUGAGCAACAAAAGCAUGGCCAUCACGUUUGCACAGAGUGUGAGUCAGUCUGACCUUAACCGCCUGUCUCUGCUCUCCAGAUCUGUUUAGGUAUUUUCAGGCAGCAGAGCCGCCAUGGUGAAGCUGGGCAGCAAUCUGUCUGAUAAGCUAGAGAAGCAGCCGUCUGCAGAUGAUGGCUUUGAUAACAUCCCUCUCAUUACACCCCUGGAAGUCAAACAGCUCCAACAGUCCUUUGCAGACAAGGUAAGUACAGCCUAUUGGGUACCUGUAGGUCUGAUUAUGUUUGUUUUUUUCUAAAAAAAAAUGUUUUUAAGAGGUGCAUCAAACAGUGCAUUGCAGCAGUACAAAUACAGCAAACACAUCCCAACUUUUGGCAUACUUACCUUUAAACACUGGGACUAAUAUAUUCACCUUCCCUUAUGUAGCUUUAGCCCACACAAUACAAGCACCUCUUAUUAUAUAUAAUUCAAAAAUCAAGCCCACACUAUCAGAUUUAGUUGAAUAAUCCACUCCACAGCACAGGAUGUUCCACAGGCUAAUGAGGUGUUGCUAAAACAAAAACAAAUUGUUUCUGUUGUGUUCAGUAAACAAUUAAAACAGCUGCUUUUCAAAUGAUGCUCAUAUAUUUUUAGACAUGCAAAGAUAUCUUCAUAACACACAGGAUCGUUGAACACCAACAUAGCUGAGCACAAAGGAGAACAUUUACUGAUAUAUAUUAUUAAAGAAAUCAGGGUUAGUCAGAUAUUCUUCAUUUUUCCUCUGAAGAGUCACAAAGAUGGUAUUUUGUAUUUGCUGCAGGUCAUUGUGAAGACGUCUACACAAUAUCAGCUGCAGCAAAAGAAGAACAAGCUGUAUGUACCCAGCAUUAAGAAGCUGAAUAUCAACUUCUACAGUGAUGUUUCAGAUAAAGCAAAGGUACAACUACAAGCUAAUUUCUGAUUUGUUCAUGGCAAUGUUCUUAGCUCAUGUUAAUUUCUUUGACAACUGCAUAAAAAUAAAAGAACAACAAUGGCUCAAUCACAUAAGAACUGACUGUGUAUUCAAAGCAUCAUCAAUUUUUUAUGAGCUGUAGGGCUUUAAUGUUGUCCCAAAACAAUCAAAAUCUCCAAAUGGCAUCAGCUGUUGCAGCUUAGUAUCAACAUGUUCUCUACCUGUGUUGUUUCAAGUCUUUAAAUAGUGACAUGCAAAAGGUUCUUAGGGGAAAUGUCAGAGCUGCUUCUUUUCGUCCAAGCCAGCUCAGACUUAAAGAAGAGCCAGUGUGUGUGUUUGAUUGAUAGUCACUGGAAGACUGAGCUGCUACAGCAGGGCAAGACAAUGUCUGCAUGUCAUAGGCUGGAACAUGUUGUAGAUGUUGAAGAUGGCCGGCUAAGGUUCAGGGGAAUCCAUGUGUUGGUAACACUAUAUUUGACGCCUAUCUCUACAACACAUUAUAAAUAAGAAUAAGAAUGCCUUUAUUGAUCCCCAAAGGGAAAUUCAAUUGUCUGUCGUCUCAUUUGUCAUGUCUCUAAAGUCAUCUACUAUUUAUAAAAGAGUUCUAAAGUCUGAUAGCUGUGGGUACAAAAGAUCUUCUAAACCUUUCUGUCCUGCAGUGAAGAGAGAAGAGCCGUCCACCACCAUUGGCCCUUUGUUUCCUUAAGGUGUGAUAAAGUGGGUGCUCCAUGUUCUUGAGAAUAGUCUCCAACUUCCUCAGUGUAGAUCUCUCCACCACAUCCUCCACUAAGUCCAGCUUGAGUCCCACCACAGAGCCAGCCUUUUUCACCAGUUUGUUCAGACGUCUUGCAUCUUAGAGCAGUCCAACUUAUUAUCCUGAUGUUAUUUAUACAUAUAUAUAUAUAUAAAUAUAUAAUGCAUUAUAAUCACAUUACAGCUCUAUAUAGCUAUAGUUAUAAACACUCAUAAAUGAUCAUAAUGCUUUACAGCAAUAACUAUAACACAUCAUAAAGCAUUUUAUUAACAACACUUGCACUGCAUUAUCUAUGUGGGCAUUGUCACUGAAUUGUUAACAGUUAUAAUACAUUAUAAUACCUGACCUUGUAAGUCAUGAUAAAAUGCUUUAUAUUGUGUUAUGAUUAUUGCUAUAAAGUAUUAUGAUCAUUUAUGAGUGUUUAUAACUAUAGUUAUACAGUGCUAUAAUUUGAUUAUAAUGCAUUAUACAUAUAUUUAUAAUACGCUAUAGAGAUCGGCGUGAAAUAAAGUGUUACCCAUGUGCUGGUAUUAGGUUUGAUAAGCUGGAAAUUUCAGCAUGAAAGUGAAUGUGGCUAGUUUCUCGGAUAUUAUUUAAUAGGUCUCCACUUUGGUAUGACUGCCUAUCCAUGACAAAAUGUUGAUACAGUUUUUUUUGAAUGACCUGCUUGGCUACAAAGAAAAAAAAACAACAACUUAUGUAUGAAAGGCAGAAAUCUGUAUCUUUUGGUAAUGCAGAAUAAUUUCAGCAGGACUUUGAACACCUUGUAUUAUCUAAUUUGUAAGGCUAUCACUGAGAGCUUGUAGCAUGUCAAAUGAUCUAUUAAUCAGCUAAUGACAAGAAUAUCAAACAAAACCACGGCCUUCUUAUUAUUGACAAGAGAUUUUUUUACUACACAUGUACCGUCAGUUUUUACAAACACUACUGGAGCCAAGUGCAAUAGACAGGGUUGGAGAGACAGGAAGAUCUAAGAGAUAAACAGACACUUUUGAUAUUUCAAUGGAAGUUUUAGACAUGAUUAAAUUGUAUUACCGUUGCUGAAGUGAUAAAUAUGUACAGUUUAUAUAUGUACUAUUUAUAGAUGUGUUUGUUUGUUGUUGCUCAGAUCACAGGUCUGAUCCUCAUCACUUUGGCCUUCCUGACAAGCCUGCUCCUCCUUCUCAUGUACAAAGCCAUGUGGUAUGACCAACUGACCUGUCCAGAGGGUUUCAUCCUUAAGGUAAGCUUACACACACACACACACACACACACACACACACACACACACACACACACACUCAGGUGUAUGUACAAUGAUUUAUGAGUUAUGUAGAGAAAGACAUCUAAUUGUCUUGGCCUUCACCUACAGUUCUACAGAGAUCAGCAGCAGCAGCUCAUGUCUUAGACUUCUUAUUGCAUUAUCGCAGCCAAAGUAGUCUGUGUGACACCCACUAAAAAGCCACUUAUGGUUCUCAGAACAACUGUUGUGUUGAAAAACAACACAUCUUAACUUAAGUCCUUUUAGGAGGAUUGUCUAAAAACUGGAGCCCAAACUCAUUAUCUCCCUUAGACACUGUAGAGGCAUGGUGCAGCGAGCCUGCACUGCCACACAUGUUAGUUAAAGAAGAAAACAAGAGAGGGGGGUGAGGGUGGGAGGGGGAUCUGACAGAGCCCGGUUUCUGGUCAGGCAGGGAUUGGGACACCCGCCUGUGAAUCGGAGGGGUCUUUAAUUAGGGCUGAGCAUGACUAAACUGUGAUUAAAGGCUUAACAGUAAGGGGGAAGUGAGGAAGGGAAGGGGGAGUUGGGGAGACCUUCCGGCAAAGCUUUUGAAGUUAAUGCUGGUUACAGUCAGUUGAAGCAUUUUCCUGCUAAUAUGAUGUUGGAGACAUAAAAAAUGGAGAUGAAGGCAGGCAUAGUCACUGCUGAGUUUGAUUCAGAAGUUUGAGCUCCCACUGUGUGAGAGAGCCAGAUAGUGAGGGAAAAUGCUUGCAAGGUCAUUGAAAAGAUGAAUGUCUUAUUUGUUUGUUCAUAGCUUCACUUUCAUUAAACAAGUUUUUGUUGGUUUAAAAAUGGUGCAAAUGAGGCUUGAUCAUUGUUUGUGGGCCUUUCUGCCUUGAACCCAUCAUUUAACUACUGUAUGUCUGGGAAGAAAAAAAGAGUGUUUCUUGAGUUAUUUAAGCACCCUGAUCUGGUUUUUGAGACAUUUUCUGUUUCAGAGCUGCAGAAAUACUGGCCUUGUACCCUGAUAUUGAAAAUUGUUUUUAAUUGUUCCUACUGCUGCAGGAGCUUUACAUUAGAGACAGUAGUAUUUAUUGUCAUCUCUGUCCACCCACAGUGCAUCUUCCACUCCACAGUUGUCUGGAUUUCAGGAUACUUGUAGUUGAAGUUACUUGUGUAGCAAUUGUGCUGUAUUACAUGCUCUCAAAUACUCAAGCUCUUUUUCACUACUGUGGGUUUUUCAUUGGGGGGACCUGUAUGCUUGUUUGGGGUUUGAUUUGAGCUUUAGAGAACUUAGGUGGCUAACACUCUGAUUGCUACUGUGACUUAAUCUUUUUUUACUGUGUAUUUUAGUGAGACAGUUUUCCAGUUUUUAAUAUUCUUACUGUCAUGCAUUAAAAUUUUUAUUCAAUGUUUAUACUUUGCAUUGAAAAUGGUAUUCUGACAUAAUAAUGUUCAAUGAGUAUCCUCCUACAAGCAGUGGAGCCGACAGUGGGCUUUUGCAUAAAAGCAGAGCAAACUCCAUGAGCUGAUACAUACUGUGUGGUAUCAUGAAAGAGCCGGAAAACUCAAGGUGACAUUGAGUAGAGAUUAAAUUAUCUAAUAAUUUAAUUUGUAGGAGUUGAUUCCAUUUCUUUCCUCUUCCCAUGUGUUUGUCAGAGCUUGAAAGUCACCAAGUGGACAUUGUUGUGAGUGGUUUUGCUGCACAAAGUAAUAGCAGCAGACAGAGUUGUGCAGAGUCCUUGUAAAAAUCCAUGCAAUGGCAUGAUGAGGGAGUAUACCAUGUUAUAUUCUCUGGACUACUUUUAGGGCCUGUGUCCAUCGACAGCAUUCAUGGCAGGCUAUGCCCACAAAAUAAAUGUCAGUGUGUUUCUCCCCAACAAAUGUUAUCCAGCAGCACUUCCACCUCCCUUUGCAGUGACUAUUCAGAGUGUUUCUACAGUGCUUUCAAUUUGCUUUCAUUUGAUGAAAGCUGAAGAAAAAAUAGAACAUCUUCGUAUCGUAUCAAACUCAAGGUGGGGUACUUAUAUAUUGCUACCAUGUCAUAUUACCGUGUCCCAGAUUGUAGAUUGUGUCAACUCAAUAAUAAUCUGAUGAUUAGAAUCAUUGAUUAGGUAAUCAUUUGUUGAGACACUACAGUAGACUGAAAGUGCCUAAGCAAAGUAUUGAAAACUAUGAACUUUGUGUCAGAGCCAUUUAGCUCCUAAAAGGCAGUAAACAGAAGUUUUAUAUUUGUGUUAUAUCAGCAGAAGCACUGCACUCCGGCUGCUCUGGAGAUGUACUACACUGAGGAGCAGCCGGGCGUCCAUGGCGGCCCCAACACCGGGCUGUACGCUGCCCUCAGCCACCUCAACCAGAUGAAGAGGGUGGGGCCAGAGCUGCCACCACCAUGGUUACCCAUCAUAAGUGCUCUGAAAGAGACGGAGGUGGACAAACAAGACAGCAGGGCAGUUAAAGGAGGACUGCAGGGAGAGGAGUGAGGGUGUGAUGAAAGUGAAGUGUUACGGGGGGUUAAAGAUGAUGGGGAGGGAGCGUGUGAAUUUUUAGGGUCUUAUUUUCCUUCCCACACACAGUUGAAUGAAUCAUUUUGUUUAUCCUAGAGCUACACAACCUUUAAGAUAAAUAUGUAUCACUUGAAAAUCUAGAUUAUUAACAGUUAGCCAAAAGAACCCGGUCAAUAUAUAGUACAAGCCAAUACUGAGCUAAGCCAGUGUGUGUGUGUGUGUGUGUGUGUGUGUGUGUGUGUGUGUGUGUGUGUGUGUGUGUGUGACAACUUGUUGUGGUUGGAGGCAGGAAUGUUAUUAAAGCGUUAGAGAAUGUGCCAGACUUUUAGUGUUCUUGAGACUAAACACCGCCAUCUCUCUUGUGCAAGCAAGACUGUGUUACUCAUGUAAAUACUGCAUUGUUAAUGCCUAUACCUAUGUAUACUGUAUACUGUACAUACCUGCAUUCAUUUGAACUGUGUAUGUGUGUGUCUGUGUGCUCACACUUUUCUGUGAAAGUUGAAGGUGAGAGUGGAGAAACAAGCUGUGAACGAGAAGUGAAGAUAACAAAUUUUUAAUAAGAUUUCUGUUAGUUUCACUUCAUGAAUGUGCCAUGUUAUCUCUCCGUCUGUUCUUUAGUUCCUGAAGGGGGAUGUAUUAAAUGAAUUUGCUUACAUUUUCAGUAGAAAAUGAUCUACAAUUUGCCACUGUUCUUUUUUCCCCUUGCAGUUUAUUCUGCGUUUUAUAACCAGGAGUCUGUUGAUUGCAGCUCUGUAAACUCUUUCAGUAAAGGGCAAAGAAAGAGAGUUUUUUAAAGUCUCUUGUUACAGUUACACUCACAGUAAUUUGAGUUACACAACCUCAGGCAUGUUGGUUGUUUUAAGUUAGACUGUGUGUUUUUUGUAAUGUGUUUUUCUUUGUUAUUUUGGAAAACUGUGGUGAAAAAUAAUGAAUAACCAAAAUCAGGUUCUGUUUAUUCAAAAUCAAAUCUAUAACACAACAAGGUGGAUCAUAUUUUUAAAUACAAACUCAAAAGCCACUGUACAACCUCUUACCUAAAGAUGUUUGUUAUGUAAAACUAUCUGCUGUAAUUAUGGAUGAAACUUUAAAAGUAAUACAAAAAAAAAAUGAAUCUAACUGUACAGACUAGAUUAUUAUCCUGAGGGCAGGUCUUGUUACUGAAUGUCAUUUUUGAUCAUGUCGAUAAAACACACCUGUAAAUUAACAUGUAUUUAUAAUCACAGGUUUGACUCAUCAUACUGCUGAUAUAAAUGUCUGGAGCAGCUGCUUUGAUCAUGCAGUAGAUGUAGUUAGUGCUUAACAUGUUUGACCUAAAGCUUCUAUUGUCUUCAUAUUUCCCUAUGUAUUUAAUUAACAGAGUAUUUAUAUGUCUAUUAUUUGUUGUCUUGAAUGGUUUAAGCUGGGUGGACUAUGAGGACGAUACAUUUUCUGAACCAUUGUGAGUCACUUUUUAGGGACCUGAAUGUUAUCAAUUUGUUAUAAAAUCUGAAUUAACUCUGACAGUUGUGCAAAUUUUCCCAGUAAUCCUGCAUUCUUUUUUCCCUAUGAAUGCUUUCGUCCAUUAGUUUAUUUCUUUAUUUAUUCACACAGAUGAUAUCUCACUUUAGAAGAAAAUUCUUCAUGUGAGCAGGACAAAGUGAGAUCACAGCACAGCUUGUCGAGCUGGACUGCCAAACGUUUGCAUCAGACCCAUCUGCUCUGAUGUCACUGACUGAACAGAAAUAAAUGACAGAGGUGUUGAGUACUGUCAUUUACAACCAGCCCUGUUGAUUUACAUUUGAGUCCUCAAAUGACCUGAAGGAAAUUUUCUCGAAAAUGGUGAAUCCAAAAGCAGAAAACAGUGUUUUUUGUCUACCUACAUAAUUCACUGACUGUUUAAAACCCUGUAAAAUAAUCAAAUGUAUUUGUACAUACAAGUGUUAUAUGUAUAACAUGGAAGUUAAAUUUUCAUGCAGUUUUCACACAAAUCAAGUAUCACUUACUAAAGUAUUGUACUUACAAUAAUGAGAUACUUGUUCUUACUGCAGUUUCACCUUUUCAUCUUACGUCAGCACUUCAGAAUCAAAUUAAUGGCACAAAAAGAUUGUACAUCUCUAAAGUAAAUGUGUUAGUCACAAUUAAACGAGUUUCAAAACUAACUUGUUUUUAUCGUAUUUCAUUGUAUUUUCUACAUAUGUGGAAUGUCAUUACAUCUUUAUGGUGAGUGGCCUCUCAUUGAAGUAGACCAGUUUAAAGUGUAAGACAACUAAAGACUAUGGGCUCUAUUUUCGUGCCUCGCCGGAUCAGGUCCGCCGUGCCGACAAGGCGUUCCCGAGCACAAUUUGGUAUUUUGGUGAGCGGCGCAGCCCGGCGUAAGUACGCCCCCUCCCUAACUCAGCUCCUCCCAGCGGCGUAAGUCGUAGCGAGGAAGGAGAGAGGGUGUGAAGUGAGUUUAACACAGCCGAGACCUGUAUUGACCAAUAACAUCAGCUCCUCUCCUCGCCUUUAAAUCCGCCACCCGCGAGCCGUAUUACAAUUUUCGUGAAGUAGUCAAAGAGAUCAAGAGAUGUUCGAAUACAGUAAUACCACACGAUGGCGACAGAAGGCAGCCCCUCAACAAGUGUCACUGUAAGCGCUGCAUUGGGCGUCCUCCACACUCUCUCAUAUAAGCACAGAUGGAUUUGGUGUGUGUAAUCUUGGACCCAGUGGUAAGAUAAACACCCUUUUCCACAAAUAAAGACACUCACAUAAAGUCGCAUAUAUUUAAACCUCACGUGACAAAGGUGGGUUGAGCGCACAGAUCAAAACAUAAACUUAAAAAAUGGCAUUAAAAUUGGAACUAUUUGUGCGUAAUGACGCAUCGCGCUCCGUGGCCUUUCUUUCAUAGAUGUUGGCAUAUACAAUAAAUUUGGCUCACAAAACUGAAUAUUAUAAUAUUCGUAUGUAGGUUUGAAGUAAAUAACUCAGCAGCAGCUGCAGCAGGACGGGGAGAGGACACGGAGACAUGUCCAGGUCAAGCUGCGCGAGAAAUAAGCGGAAGAAAGAAAAGGAGGGAGACGAACUACAUAUCUUGUUGACUUCAUCAUGCGUGUCUAUUUACUAGAUAUUUAAUUUAAUGCGGUUUUAGCUGUGUUGAUUCGGUCAGGUUGUGUGUCCAAUCGCGUUCAUCAGAUCAGAUAUAGAUCAGAAUAUAUUUAUAUAGAUCUAAAUGUAUGUGCUGACUCAGAUUAUUAGUUGUUGAUGAUUAUUUAUUGCACUGAAAUGUGCCUGACACUGCGGAAACCUGCCGGUGAGGCAUCAGUGACGUAUGCUGAUACGCCGCCGGUCUACCAAAAUAGUCUAGACCAGCUGCGCUCCGCCUGCGCUGAAAGCUUACCAGGUUUGAAUCGGCGAGUUUUCAGCGCACUUUAUACGCGGGAGGUGAGCACGAAAAUGUCACUGCACCCGCUGAUUCUGUCGACACCUCCCCCUGCCACGCCACCACGCCCAACUUGACAGAUCUCAGUGCGCCUCAGUCCACGAAAAUACCAAACUGGCUGUACGCCGGGCUCCGCCAGACGAAAAUACCACUGUGUGGGGUCUGUCACCCUCCGCCGCCUCACCGGCGUACACAAAAAUAGAGCUCUACAUGUUUCUGUAAAGUAUUUGUUAUUGUUUCCAUAGAUUUCAAAUUCAUGCAGUGGUAAAACCGCAUUUUCAUUUUUCCUUAAAUCUAGGAAUUUAAUCUAGAUAAUUGAAUGGAAGUACUGAAGUGUAAUCUUAUUUGUAAGUACAAUAAUUCAGUUAACAUACUGAACCAUUUCCUACCACCAUGACUGGUUAAAAAACUUCAGAUUGACAGCAAGAUCAGAAACCAAAUAUUGUGUAAAGCAGCC